GCUUUUUUCGAAAACACACACUGAACAACUUGAGACGAGUCUGCAGAGCCUGCAGAUUGCUUAAUUGGCUGGGUUUGGAUUGAAAGAAAGACUGGAGGAGGCCGCCUCAGAGAAUGUGGCAACUGAUUCUUCAGGAAGCAUUGCAUUAAUUCAUCUCAGGCGAUGACAGAACUGGACCUCAAUCUGGAAGACGUUUGCAAGAAGCUUGACAGAGGCUUGGAAGGUACAGAGGUUGAGCCAAAGAAGGAGAAAUUGGGGGGGGCCUGUUCAAAGAGAACAGAUAAGAAAAACCUUAAGAGCCCAUCUCACAGCGUAGGACAGAUUGAGAAGAUUGGGAAAAUGGUGUGGCUUGUGACUGUCAGCCUUCUACUUCUUUCUUCACACACGCUCUGCACCAACCCGGGAUUGAAAGUGAGAGUAACUCAGAAAGCCUUAGAUUAUGGUCGACAGGUCGGAGUCCAGGUGUUACGGCAGAAACUGAGGCAGAUUCAGAUUCCAGAUGUCAGCGGAGAAACCCACCUGCCUGUGAUUGGCCACGUCAAAUAUCAAGUCACAGGAAUGCACAUCAAUGACUUCGGCCUGCCUCAGUCUGCAAUUGGAUUCUAUGCUGGCACUGGCAUUAAACUUUCCAUCAGUAAUGCCUAUAUUCACAUAAAUGGAAACUGGAGAGUGAAGUAUCUUUUUAUAUCGGACCAUGGUUCCUUUGACCUCUCGGUGAAAGGCCUGUCAAUAUCUGAGGCAAUAGGAAUGACUCGGGAUGAGACUGGGCGUCCAGCAGUGCACAGUGCCGGCUGUACAGCUUAUAUUGGCAGCUUAGACAUCAAGUUUCAUGGAGGAGCUAGCUGGCUGUACAAUCUCUUCUCCAGUUCCCUGGAGGACCCCAUUCGCUCCUCUCUUAUCCAACAGAUUUGUCCAAAAGUGUCCAAUGCAAUCAAUGGGCUGGAGGAGCAUCUGAGGAACAUGAAGGUUGCCUCCCAUGUUGACAAAUAUGCGGUGAUUGAAUAUUCCCUGGUUAAUCCAAUUGCGAUCACUAACAAAUUCAUGGACCUGGAUUUUAAGGGUGAAUUUUACAGUGUGGCAAAGCAUGAAGAACCUCCCUUCAAACCCCCACAAGUUCCCCUCUCUGAACAAACUGAUCACAUGAUGUAUUUGGGACUGUCAGACUUCUUUGCUAAUUCAGCAGGAUUUGCCUAUUAUAGAGCUGGUGCCUUGAACAUGAACAUCACUGAUGAUAUGAUUCCAAAACAAUCUCCUAUCAGAUUAAACACAUCAACUUUCGGAGCUGUUAUACCUCAGGUGGAGAAACUCUACCCCAACAUGUUGAUGUUAAUGAGUUUCCAUGCCAACCAACAGCCUGUUCUGAAGGUUACACCGAACAACAUUACCAUUCAGGCAUCUGGUGCUAUCAAUACAUUUGCAAUCCUCCCUAAUUCAUCUCUCGCACCACUGUUUGUCCUGGACAUUUCUGCCAGUGUGUCUGCUCAGGUGGCUAUCUCUAAGAUGAAACUGAUUGGGUCCCUGAAACUCAACAGGCUGCUCCUAUCGCUUAAACAUUCUGACGUUGGUCCUUUUAAGGUGACUAUUCUACAGGGUCUAUUGAACUUUGCAGUAAAGGCAGUGGUGUUACCGAAAAUCAAUGAAAGAUUGGCCACUGGAUUUCCACUACCCAAUGUGGAUCACUUAAGCUUCGUAAAUCCACUUAUUAAGGUGAACCAGGAUGUUCUGGUGAUUGCAACUGACAUCCAUUAUGGUUCUUAGCCAGCCGCUGUUUACUGCAAACACAGAAUGAUGGAAACAAGACCAGACGUGGAACAACUCGAUCAUUUCUUACACUGAGAACUGCUUAUAGUAUUUUGCACAUUUUCUGCUAAAUUUCUAACUUGAUGCUUUUCAUUAAGCAAGACAAACAAUGGAAAAAAAAAGCAAAAAAGUAAAACUAAUUCCAGUCAUUGUUGUUUUGUCAUCAGAAGUAAGAGAUAAAACAAAGCCACAAUUUUGUAUACAUUCAUGGGGUGUGGACGUUGCUGACUAGGGGACGUUGCUGGGGAGCCACCUUCUUUUGAACAGAUUACGUCCCAUUGCAGGAGUAGGAUACAGUACUUUUCAGGGUAAAUAAACUGUUUCCAAAUAGCA